AUGUAAACUAUGAAUACCACAGAUACCAAAUUGGAAGAAAAAAGCAAAAUAGCAGAUAUGACAUUAUAUGAAGUAAAACUAUUAUUGUUCACUAACUCUUGUUAAUAUAAAGAGAAGCUAAUCAUAUAUGCUAUUAAGUAUUAGCAGCUGAUCACUAUCGAUUUUACUUCCAUUUCAUUUAGCUUUUUUGUAACAUAUGGCUAGUUUUAUACAAGCUUAAUGAGAUAUAGUAUUAAUAUAGCGAGAGUGAAAAAACCAACUAGCAAAGGUGAUGAUAAAAAUCCAUAAAGGGAAAUUAUAAGCACGAAUUUUAUUAUUAGUCUAAUAUAUUCCCAGUAGAAAUACUUUCUCUUAAAGUCAACAUAUAAGAACCCAAAUAAAAAUCUACAGCUUAUCUUAUCAAGAUUAUUACGGUUUGUAUAUAAAAAGUAAAAGAAAGCUCCUGGAAUCAAAAUUGAAUAAAUUAAGAGAAAAGGAAUGACAAAAGCAUACAUGAAAAUUAAUCUAUAAGAGUCAUUGCAUUGUAUGCUAAAAUCUAGAAUUGCAUAAGAUUCUCCGUUGUUAAAUGUACGACAUAACAAACCUUAAGUCAACAUAUCUAAUACUGGUAUGCAAAAUAAGUUGGUGAAUCCAUAAGAAAUGAUAAGAGAAGCAGAAUUUUAAAAGCUUUUGUAUUUAGAUUUAAAAAGCUAGAAUAUGCUAGGAAUCAAAGAUAACAUUACUAUUAUAAAUGGAGCGAUUGUAAUGAUUACUAUUUUUUAGUAAAUAAUUGUAUUAAAUUAGUUGCUAAAUUUUGAUAAAAAACAGUCAAGAGAAAAAGUAGAAUCGUUUAUUGGGCUAUAAAAGCUUUGCUAGAAACUAAAAACAUUAAUCCAAGACUAAGUUCCAUAAAAUUAUGAAGAAAUAUUGAUAAUUUGA